UCAGGACCACCUCAAUCUAAGAACAAUUCCAUAUAUUGCACUUUUUGCCAUAGGAACAAUCACACAGUGGAUUUUUGUUACAUGAAGCACGAUUAUCCCAAUGCAAAUAAGCCUCAUGCUUCUUCAAAUGCUGUUGUUAAUGAAGGCAUUCCUGAUUCUCAGAAAGAUGGUGAAGGAUCUUCCAUUAUCUCUCAAACUGGUCUUACUCAAGAGCAAUAUGGUCAUCUGGUUGCUUUACUUCAGCAAUCAUCUUUGGUUCCUCAAGCAUCUGCCUCAAGUCCUGCUAGCACCAAUCAUAUUACUUCUUCUAUUCCAUCUUUCCCCUCAGGAUAUGAAAUCCCAGAAGAUGAUUGGUUUGGGUAAUAUUUGUGAUGGUCUCUAUAAGCUGAAUACUGCUUCAUGCAAUCAGAAGUCUUUUGUUUCUUCUUCCACAAGUCUUUGUGCUCCAGUUUCUUUGAACUCUUGUAAUUCUGUUUGUUCUAGUGUAGCUAUUUCCUUUAUUCCUUCCAAUGCUAUUUAGCACUUUAGAUUAGGACAUUUGUCAAAUCAAAGAUUGUCCAAAAUGCAUAAUUUGUAUCCCUCUAUUUCUGUUGAUAAUAAAGCUACUUGUGACAUAUGUCAUUUUGCUAAGCAAA